AUGUUCGUUGGUGACCUCAAUGGGCACCACCCGUCCUGGGGCUGCCCUCGCUCGGAUCCCAGAGGAAACCUCCUUAUGGAUACUUUCGAGCAGGAGGACAUGACGGUCCUUAACCAUGGAAACCCGACGUUCUUUAAUGGGAGACACGCCACCGCUAUCGAUGUUUCUACGGUCAGCCGUUCCAUGGCUGGAAAGGUUACGUGGUGUACCAACGCUGACCUGUACGGCAGCGAUCACUACCCGAUCCAGAUCCAACUCUCAUCUGCCACAGCCCCAGAAACCACCCGUAGACCACGCUGGAUGUAUGACAAAGCCGAAUGGGAGGUGUACAGGAACGCCAUUCUCACCGGUAUCCAGGAGCAGAAUCCAGGCAAUAUCCCCGACCUUACGAAACUAAUCCUCGAAGCAGCCGUCGCCUCAAUACCCAAAACCAGCAGCAUCCCCGGACGGAAGGCUCUCAGAUGGUGGUCCGACGAAACCAAGGCAGCGGUGAAGGCCCGACGAAAGGCCCUCCCCCCACUGCAAGUGCAGUCCGGUGGCAUCACCGUAUCAGAGCCAACAGCCGUAGCCGAUGAGUUAGGCAAAUACUUCGCGGAGCUUUCGGCUAUUCCCGGAUACAGCGAGAACUUCCGUCGCCGCAACAACGCCACACCGACCUCCAUAGGUAACUUCAACGUUCCGAAUGAUAACACUAACACCAGGAUAAAUGGGGUUUUCUCAUGGGAGGAGCUGAAAUUUGAACUCAGCAAGAGCAAGGGGAAAUCAGCGGGUCCCGACGAACUCGGGUACCCCCUACUAUCACACCUACCGAUCGAAGGGCAAGUCCUGAUGCUCGACCUGUUCAACAAGCUCUGGACCACCGACUCCUAUCCAGCAUCCUGGAGGGAGAGCCUGGUUAUUCCAAUCCCGAAGACGAGUAAAAACACGAAGGACACGACGAAGUUCCGGCCCAUCGCACUCACUUCCUGCAUGAGCAAGGUCUUCGAGCGGAUGGUUAAUCGCAGACUCAGGACAUUCCUGGAGACCAACAAUCUUCUCGACCAUCGACAACACGCCUUUAGGUCAGGAUUCGGCACCUCUACCUAUUUCGCCACACUGGGAGACGUGCUGAAAGACGCCUUCGACCAGGGACACCACACUGAAAUGGUCUCACUAGACAUCUCUAAGCCUUUUAACAGGACCUGGACUCCGGCUGUACUUGCCAAACUCGUCAGCUGGGGACUUAACGGACACAUGGUCCACUUCGUUCGGAACUUCCUCACUGACCGUAUUUUCCAUGUUGCUAUCGGAAAUGCCAAAUCCAGGAGCUUUCAGGAGGAAACCGGGGUCCCCCAGGGAUCAGUGAUCUCCGUCACACUCUUCCUUAUCGCGAUGAACGGAAUCUUCCGCCAGUUACCAAAGAACAUCCGCAUCUUUGUGUACGCCGACGAUGUCCUCAUCGUGGUAACGGGGCCCACCACAACACGCACCCGGAACCUCACGCAAGCCGCGGUCUCAGCCGUAGUAAAAUGGGCCCAAACUGCCGGUUAUCAGCUCUCUGCCAAAAAAAGCAUCAGAUGCCACGUCUGCCCUUCAAGACACCGGGUCAACGGGACCGCCAUUAAGAUUGGCGACCAGGCUAUCCCCAUCAAGAAAUCCAUUCGUAUCCUGGGGGUACUUGUGGACCGCACCCUCUCCUUCGUGCCGCACUUCAACCAGGUCAAAAAAGACUGCCGAAGCAGAGUUAACCUGAUCCGGACCAUCUCCAGGCCCCAUCGCACUAAUAAUCGGGCAGUUCGCUUCCGGGUAGCGCAAGCUAUCAUCGAUAGUAGGCUGCUGUAUGGAACAGAGCUCACGUGUAUCAACUCUGAGAAGCAGGUUGAGAUCCUCGGUCCAACCUUCAACAGCAGCAUCAGGAUAAUCUCUGGCCUUCUACCUUCCACCCCCGCUGAUUCCGCUUGUGUUGAAGCAGGGCUGCAUCCUUCGCCGCCAAGACAGCAGGAAACGGCAGAAUCUUCCUCCUCGACGAGGGGGACAGAAUCCUGCAGACGAUGGACCCACUGGAACGGAGAGAAGAACUGGCUCUCUUCCAGCAUUCAUAUUGACUAUCACAUAAAAAAUCGAUUUAAAGCAGGAGACAACUCCGCGGCCCUCCGUCGCACAGUAAUCGAACGCCUCCGAACCCAUUACGCCGAACACACUCACCGGUACACCGAUGGUUCCCGAUCCAACACGGGCGUUGGCAUCGGAGUAUCCGGAAGUGGCAUACUCGCUAGCAGCAGCUUACCACAACAAUGCUCCGUUUACUCGGCCGAAGCGGCCGCAAUCUUCCAUGCGGCCACGUCACCAGCAAACCAGCCAAUCGUAAUACUAACUGAUUCCUUCAGUGCUAUCCAAGAGCUAGCUUCAGCAGUUCCCACCCACCCGUGGAUUCAAGCUACCAUCGAAUACGCCCCGAGCAGCACCAUUUUUACAUGGAUCCCCAGUCAUUGCGGAAUACCUGGUAAUGAAGCAGCAGACAAACUCGCUGGAACUGGACCGGCGGGUCCGAGAUUCACGGACAAAGUCCCCCUUCCAGAUCUCCGGCGAUGGAUCAAAACAACCGUACAGAAAGCCUGGGUCGACCAGUGGUUCAGCACUCGAGAGCCUUUCAUCCGGAAGAUCAAAGGAACCACGGAGGCAUGGAACCUCCCAAACCUCCGGGAUCAGAGAGUGCUCUCAAGGCUGAGGACUGGCCACUGUCGGUUUUACUAUAACUUCGGCGGCGGAGGUCCCUUCCGCAAAAGCUGUGCCAUCUGCCAUCUCCCGGCCACCGUUGAACACGUCCUCUGCAUCUGUCCUGAAUUCCAGGACCUCAGGGAAUCCUAUGGGAUCACCUCCAGCAUCCGGAACCUACUCGGAGAGGAUUCAGCCGCUGCAGACGCCCUGCUAGUUUUCCUCAGGGAAGCUAACCUAUACCAUGAGAUCUAG